AUUCUCCUACCACAUUAAGCUAAUAUGAUCGACAGAGCAUCAGUGACUGACGCAAUUAAGCGGCGAUACGGUGUGCAGCUGAACCCAAGCUGGCUGACCCACUGUUUGCACCAUAUCAACAAUGACAUGGCGGGCACUAGCAAUCUGCAUAUCGAGGCACAGAUCCGACUAGUUGUUGAACAACUGCUGAACUCCGAGAUCGGUGAGUCCUGCCAGGCCACACUUUCCGCUGAUUUGCAAGCCAGGCAGUUCCUAAACCCGCCAGGCGCAUUUUUGCAGAUUCAAGAAAUCAUGGACAUUGGCGUGAGCAAGUUCGCCAUGCUCGAGGCUGUGCGCGCCAAAGAGGACUAUGAGGUGCGUGGGAUGCGGCCGAGCUAUCUGCCGCCCUUGGACGAGGACGAAGAAGCCAAUACGGGCGAAGCGGCGGAGCCCGUGGAACCAGUGGAUCAGGAGCCUAAGCUCCCGCGCGGAAUGCUGAAGCUUAUGCUGACAGAUGGCAGGACGAGGUUUUCGGCUGUGGAAAUGGCCAAGAUAGAGCAGCUACAUGUGGAGUUGCCAAUUGGGACCAAGGUGAUGGUUUCGGGCGGAAAGCUUAUGCCACUUGGGGUAUUUCAGCUGGAACUGGGGUGUGUUAAGGUUUUGGGAGGCGCGCCGCCGCAGUACGCACAGUUUACGCUAAAACAGCGGCUGGAGAAGAUUCUGCAUCCCGAAGGACAGAGAUAGAGGACAGUAAAAAUGCUUGUUCAUAUAUUAUCAUUUUGGGAAAUCACCACGAUUAGCUUAAUAUGUGCCUAUCACAAAGUGUCAGGAACCAGCAGUAUCGUGUCUAUGCAGAAACAGUAGUUUGCUGUAUUUUAAAUGAGCUAACAUAUGUCCU